AUGGUCAAUGGCAUCCUAGUAGAGCAGCGACUCACCUCUACGCCAACAACACCCCACAACUUGAGGAAUACUGAGUCAGCUCCUGGACUCCAGAAUGUCCCUACGAGCGUCUCGUACAGCCUGUUGACGCAGCACAUGAUGUUUUUGUCAAAUCGCACAACCAACUCCAGUUAUCUCAGCAACGUGGCCGACACUACAGCGUUCGUCUAUUUCCAGAGGAUAUUUGCCGGCUUGAAAUCUACGAGACACUCCCCGACGUCUGCACAUUUCAUCUUCAGCCAAUACGCUAAGAAGCUCCCAAUAGCAAUGCAUUUUUUGCUUGCCGUAUCCCACGCCGAGCUCUGCGUGGAACAGAGAGUCAGCUUUCAGGCGCCUUCCGAGUCACUCACGCACUUCGAGGCAGGGUCUGAGUUGCUUCGAGUUCGUCUCAAGACAUUCUCAACAGCUAGGGAUCACCUAGAGACGAUGCUCACAUAUCUGUAUCUGUUUCAGUUCUGGCUGAGGCGGGAACGAUGGUUUGCCAAGGAGCUGCAGGAUCUCAGUAUGUCGGUCCUACUCUAUGUCAAGGCUUUCUCUCUAGAUGAAAUCUGUGGCGCAGCAGACGACGACUGUACAUCACAAGACGCGAUCGAGAAGGCUUUGGUAUCACGAGUUCUUUGCUAUUUGUUCGACCGUGAUGGAUUUGCAGCUUUUAGCGGAUAUGCUGGAUUCUUUGCCAAUGUCGCAAUGCAGAAUGCAGAGCUUUGGCAGAAGAUAUGGCUUCGAUUUCAAGCAGCCUUCCCGCUGGCAUCUCGUCGUGAGGCCGCAGUGAUUGAAGUAUACUAUCGGCUUAUUUGGAUUCAUCACGAAGUCAAUUGCUACAGUCUACAGAGGAAGGACGAUUCGCGAGCCAGUACUCGCAUUAAGAACCAACUUCGCGAAAUCAGGGUGAGGGAAAGCUGGAUGUUUGGUCUUAUGGCACACCGUCACUCAGACGUCCCGGAACCAUCGACCAUGAGACUUGUCGCCGUGGCGUUCUAUCACGCCAUAGUGAUAUACCACUAUCGAUGCCGUUCGUCGCCCUUUGGUGCUUCGCCUGUUCCGGAGGACAUACAGGAAGCACUCAAAGGGCUAUUCACCUGCACACGCUUCGCAGUCCGGACACGAUCUGUACAGCUUCUCGAGCGAUUUCAAUGGUCGCUAUUUAUUGCUGGAGUUGAAACGAAUGAUGUGGCAAACACGGAAUGGGUUCGAGAAUCCCUUGCAGACGCAGUUCUCAAGGACGUGUUUGGGGUGGUCAGGGACGUGAAGAGAAACAGUCAUGGUUGCAUAUCUCUUGGAACUGUACGGUCGCUCUUCACCUGUAACGGAUGUGAAUAG